AUGAGCAAAAAAGUUAUUGAUAGAGAUUUAUUAAAGGAUUUAUUAAAAAAAUAUGGAAAUGAUUAUGGACGUCUUGCUGAAUACUUUCCUGGCAGGACAUUUAAAUCCAUUAAAAAUCAAGCAACAAAGAUGAAAAAAGGUGACGAAGGUUAUGUUGGCUUGGAACUUGACGAUAAUGGUGAUGUUAACACUAAUCAUUUUAAUGAUGGAAAACUUGAAUCAAACGGUCGUAAAAGAGCAAUAUGGUCAAGCAGUGAAAUAAAGAAAUUAGUUGAUUUGGUUAGAAUAUACAGUGGAGAAUGGAGUAAAAUUUCUGAAAUUAUGAAAAAUAGAAGUUCAGAUGCCUGUUCAAGAAAAUAUUAUACUCUAAUAGAUAAUUCGUCGUCACCAUCGUCGUCAUCGUUAUCUAAAGAAUUAAUAAUCAGUUGCUUUUCUUCAGCAUUUAUAGCAUUUGCAAAUUCAUCAAAAGCAAAUGAAUUAUCAAUAUUACUAAAAACUAUGUAG